AUGGGUGGCCGAGAUCAAGAGAGAAUCUACACCGGAGCUGACACUUAUGUGAAGACGUGCAAAUAUUUAAUCCUGCGACAUGCUGAGUACCCAGUCACUGAACUACUUGAGUACGACAUCGUCAUCUGCACUGCCGAUUUUGUGACGAAGCAAUACACAGACUGUUUACCCUAUCUUCAUCGCCAGGCAGCAGAUCGAGCCAUGGUCGCGAGUGGAAAAGAGAUACCGGCUGAAGUCCUUCCGCACAAUCACCUUCGAGUUUAUAUGCCACUUCAUUCACGCCUGUAUGAUCCCGGGCAACUGGACGAGAAUAUUGCAGUCCUCAUACUGGACGACAGCCAUCGUAUCGCAAAUACCAACUCGGAUUUAUAUCAAGCCAUCCAGCAAUUACGUUACCAUCACGCGCUUUUGUUCACAGCUAAUCCUAAGCGCGGCAGAUGGCUUGAUUUCCCGAGGCAGAUGGGACUUCUCCCCGGUGGCGGUCCAUUUCUCGGUGAAGAGCAUAUGAAGCUUGUUCUUGGCUCUUACGGGAAUUCGAUCAAAGGUGUAAAUAGGGAUCAGAAGAAGCUUUUUGAGAUGCUUGCAUCGGCUCUAAUAGUCUAG